AUGUCGACUCUUCCUUUGAAGUUCCUCCUCGUUCUCUUUUUCCAAUUCUUCAUGUCUCAGUCCUCUAACAUUGAAAUCCUCCCGAAGGUGAAGGAGAUGGUUCGUGAUUCCUGUAAACAAACCAGGAACUACAACCAAUGCGUGGAUGCUCUCGAAAACGAUACUAGCAUUCGUUAUGAUGAUCAGGUUUCCUUCACGAAGAGAAUACUCGAGGUCACUAUGGCGACUGCUAAUGAACUACACAGAGAGUCGAAUUCGUGGAAGCAGAAGUCGGGCCUUGAAGAGAAGAUGAUCCAGGCCUUGGAGACUUGCUCUAGCGAGUAUGGGGAAGCCCUAGAUGGGUUGAAGCAAGCAAUACAAGCAAUGGACUCUAAAGACUACAAAACUGCUUACUCAUACGCUGGUCGGGCAAUAAACGCAGCAGACGGAUGCACUCAAGAGUUUGAGGAGAGUCAGCAGAAAAUGCCCUUCGCUGAGAAUAAUGAAGUUUUAAAUCAGAUGGCCACCGUCGCUGUAGAUCUCAUUUCACUUUUUUAGGUUGC